AUGAGUUUAACAGAAGAAGAACUACUACAUCUAAAGUCAACUGUAAAAUAUCGAGAUGAAGAAAUAGACGCAUUAAACGCGUUCAUAAACAGAGACUCAAAAUUAUCAUCACCGUUAGUACUAAUAAAUGGAUUCAAACCAAUUGGUAAAACAUUACUAAUAAAAGAAUUUUUGGAAGUUCUAGAUAUAAAUCAUUCAAUUAUUCAAUGUGAUGAAUGUAUUACUCAACAUAUGUUAUUACAAAGAUGUUAUAAUAAGAUACGACAAGAUAGUGGUAAAUUUAAAAAACAAGCACCAAAAGAAAUAUUGCAAACUGAUCAAAUUGCAACAUUUAUAUCUUCGCUAGAGUCAUUUAUAUUGGAGUAUAAGUAUAAUGAGCCUCAUGUAUUAGUGUUGGAUAGAUUUGAUGAAUGUUUUGAAAAUUGUGAUGAUUUACUAGCGAGUUUUUGUAAAAUUAGAGAAUUUACAGAGAUUCAAAAUUUAACUGUUGUUGCUGUGUUUGGGGGUUCUAUACCAAGAGAAAUUAUAACAUAUAGUGUCCCUACGGUGUUUCUACCCGUUUAUAAAGAGCAUGAAGUUGUUGAAAUUUUGCAAAGUUUGAAGUUGUGUGAAUUUGAAUUUGAAGUUGUUAACUCUACUGAGGGACAAAGAUUAGAAUUUUAUAAUCAGUAUGUUAAAGCCGUGGUGGAUCUGUUUUUUAUGUAUACUGGAUCUGAUUUGACUAAAUUAAAAGAUUUAGUUGUUAAAUUAUGGGAUAAAUUUAUUGAACCAUUAAUGUUUGGAGUUUAUAAUAUUACUGAAUUUUUAAAAAUUUAUAAAGAUAAUAUUACGUUAUUUACAGAUGAAAAUAUAAUAGCUAAUUGUAACGUUAUUGAAUUCAAGACAUUAAGAGAAGAAGAAGAAGUAAGUUAUGGAAAUAUAUUAGAUUUACCAUUACAUUCAAAAUUCUUUUUAUUAGCUUCUUAUUUAGCAAGUUUUGGUAAUCAAAGAAAUGAUUUACAUAAGUAUUCUAAAGUUAAAGCCUUUAAAUAUAAAAAAAGAGCAAGUACUAAAGCUAUCAAACAGGGGCAUUUAAGUAAAGAUGAUAUUGAUUCACGAUUAUUAACUGCAAAUUUUGUUGAUUUGGAAAGAAUAUUGGCUAUAUUAUCAGUGAUUUAUAGAAAUUUUGCACCAUCGUUUAAUCAAUCAGAUAAAGAUGAUUUGUUAUACUUGGGAGAUGAAGUAAUAGAAAUUGAACAAAAGAAAGAAUUGGAAAAAUCCAACUUUACGUUAACUAAAAAUAUAGAUUUAAAUAAUCAAAUUGCAACAUUAUAUAGUUUAGGAUUCUUAAGUAAAACUUCAUCUUCAGAUAUUUUAGCAGCUAGAAUUAGAUGGAAAUGUAAUAUUGAUUGGGGUAUGGCUAAACUGAUUGCUGAUUCUGUUAAUUUUCCCAUAUUAGAUUAUUUAAUUGAUGAAUAA